GGCUCAAAGCGAGCACAUAUUUUGCUAUGAUCAACAAUUGAAGCCCAACCCAGAGUGGACUUAACAUCCCAAUACCCACCCACCUAUAAGAUCAUUAGGGUUUUCCACCUCGAUUCAUCGUCUCUCUGAAAGUUUGCAAGCAGCAGCCGCUUAUACGCAGAUGGAGUCUCAAAUCAAACACGCAGUGGUGGUGAAAGUGAUGGGGAGAACUGGAUCGAGAGGUCAAGUGACGCAAGUGAGAGUGAAGUUUCUCGAUGAUCAAAACCGUUUCAUCAUGCGAAAUGUUAAGGGUCCUGUUAGAGAAGGUGAUGUUCUUACUUUGCUCGAGUCCGAGAGAGAGGCCAGAAGGUUGCGAUGAUUUCACCUAUUUAGUAUUAUGUUCUUUAAGAUUUCAUCUGUUUGAAUUUUAUUGAUCAAAUGUUAAAAAGAGUAUGCUGAACCCGGUUUUAUUUGAAUUUUAUUGUUUCAGUCUUAUUA